AUGGAUAAACUCACUACAAAGGUUAUGAUACGCGAGGAGGAUGUUACUGUUAAGUGUAACUGCAACAAGUUUGAGCAGUUUGGAUUGUUGUGCAGUCGCAUUUUUUGUGUGUUACGGAUUCUUGAUGUAAGGGAGUUUCCGAAACAAUAUAUAUUGAGGCGUUGGACGCGUGAAGCUAUUCCAAAUAGUUCCCCCAGGUCCAUUCUUACGGAUGGUGGAGAUCCAGAUCGUAGUGAGGAGGUUAACCGUUGUGUUCGUGAGAUUAGUCACGCAACUGAGUAUGUUGUGAACAAGUUGAUUUCAAAAUUUGAUCAGUUAUGUAAUUUUCGUUAUCAUAUCAAGCAGUUUAUGUCAGUCGCUGAUGAAGCUCAGAUAAAUGCACCUCCUAAGACACGACGUAAUCGAUUUGCUAAACUGCUGGGAGUUUCUCCAGAGAGCACGACCACUAUCCGUGUUCCAGUUGGUACCAGGUUCAAGGGUUGUGGUUCUCAUAAACGCCUCAAAUCUCAAAAGGAGCGAGCCAUAAGUCAGUCUGGAAGUGCUUCGCGGAAUGCUGAACGUAAUGACGCUACAAUUGGUGAAGGUGACGAUGAUACAGUUGUUGAAGGUGAUGGUGAUGGUCCUGGAUCAAAUUUUGCUGAUGAUGUGUUUUACACAUCUGGAAAUGAUGCAGAUAUAGAUGAUGAAGACAUGGUAGAGUAA